AAAUUCAAUAAACUAUACUAUUAAUAAGAAUUAAUUAACUAGAAGGUUAAUCGAUUGAUAUUUUUCUGUUCGAACGGUAAAUUAACUUGAUUGUCGGUCUCUCUUCGUGUUAUCAAUUCGAUAUCAUUCAAAUCGACGCCUCCACUUAGCGAUUUGUGUAACAUCCUUUAAGAGAAAAUUAAAUCAAUUCGAUUACCUUAAUUCACUUUCACUUAAGAUUAAGUGAAUCAGUGAAUCCGAAACUGGUUCGAUUAAAUCUUAACAUUCUCUUUGAUUGUCAACGUUUCGUAAUUAGAUUGAUUAAUCUCAUCAUUAACUUUCUCUUUGCUCUUCUAUUGCUCUUGGUUUGUUGGUAAUCGUUAAAUUGUCAAUUAGAUGUUUACAAUCUGUAAAAGUGUUAACAAUUAAAAUAAUGUCUUCAAGUAGAAAGUCAAGUUUAACUCUUCCUGGACAAUUAACUAAUGGACCAAAAUUAAUCUACGGUGUCACCGAUAAACCAACAUUCAUGAUAACCCUUGCAUUAGGAUUACAGAAUUUUAUUGCUGAAUUUGGUAACUUUAUGGCCUAUGUUUACAUGGUGUCCCCUUACCUUUGUAUCAACGACAAUGACCCGGCCCGUGGGCAUAUUUUAUCCACGUGCUUCCUAACUGCUGGAAUCGCAUCUCUACUCAUGGCUACUUUUGGUGUCAGAUUACCUGUUGCUCAAGGAACAGCUUUUUACUUCUUGUUACCGAUCAUAUCUUACUUUGAAUCUACAGAAGAUAAAUGUUCAAUUCUUCAGAGAGAAUUCAAUGGAACCAUACCAAUGAAUACUCCAGGUUAUCAUGAAGCUUGGACAGAGAGGAUGAGAAUCCUUCAAGGAUCCAUUUUAAUCACUUCUAUCGCAGAAAUGAUCAUCGGAUUAACUGGUUUCUUUGGAUUUCUAUUCAAAUUCAUUACUCCCUUAACCAUGAGCCCGAUGGUUAUUCAACUUGGCAUUUCAUUAUCUCCCAUGGCUGCUGAGAAAGCGAAUCAAAACUGGCUCAUAUCAGGAUUAACGAUUCUUCUGAUUACUAUAUUUUCUCAAUAUAUGACCAAUAUUUUCAUUCCAAUACCGAAGAGUAAAAGAAACGAUCAACGAACUGUUUACAGAAAAUUCUAUGCUUUCAAAAUGUUCGGUAUUUUACUGUCUAUCUUAAUUGCUUGGACAGUUUGUGUAAUUGGAACGCGAUAUAAUCUAUUGAAAGAUAAUGAUGCAGCUCGAAUUGAUAAUAUUGACACUCACAUGAUUUCUGCUUCUCCCUGGUUUCGAGUAGCUUAUCCCUUCCAAUGGGGACUACCGAUCAUCUCAUUCCCUGCGAUCUUAAUUGUCUUCACUGGACUUGUAACAUCGAUGUCCGACAAUAUGGGCGAUUAUUAUGCUUGUUCCGCAAUUUCCAAUUGUCCACCACCUCCGGUUGUCGUUGUUAAUCGAGCCAUUUUUAUCGAAGGCAUUGGAAGUGUUUUCUCAGCGAUUUUCGGCUCAUCGGCUGCUCUAAGUUCCUACAGUUCUAAUGUCGGCAGUAUCGCCAUAACCAAAGUAGCGAGUCGUCGAGUCACUCAAAUGUUUGGACUUUGUUUAAUUCUAUUCAGUAUGUGUGGUAAACUAUCGGCUCUAUUUGUCUCUAUUCCACCUCCCGUGAUGGGCGGUGUUUUCUUCGUAAUGACUUCUAUGAUUAUCGCUGUUGGACUUAAUAUUCUUAAAGAUAUCGACUUUGAAUCUCCUCGAAAUCUUUAUAUUCUGGGAAUUUCGGUUACCCUUGGGUCAACUAUACCAACAUUUUUUUCCUCCCCUGGUAAUAUUGAAAAUUCUGUUGAAAGUUUACGUUGGCUUUUAGAAAAUGAAACAAUUCAAAAAUUGUUAACUAACGGAAUGUUAAUCACUGGAUUAACUGGUCUAAUUUUGGAUAACACGAUUCCCGGAACUUUACUUGAACGAGGUUUACAAACUCAUGAAAAUCUACCAUCGGGUUCAGUUGUUUCAAUGAGAACAUAUCAAAUAUACAAAUUACCAUGGGAUUUGGACAAUUGGUUCGCGAAGUACUUAUCCUUUUUACCAAUUUAUCUAACAAAAGAUGCGAUCAUACAAAACAAUCACCAAAUGAAUACCAUUAAAUGUAAUAGAAGACAAGUGAAUAUAAAUGAUUUUCCCGAAGAAAUUUUAGAGAAAAUUUUAAUCCAGACUACCACAGAUCUAGAAGGAUCCAUGAUGGCGGCUGCUGUUUGCAAAAGAUGGCGACGAAUUAUGGUAACAAGAUUAUCUAUGGUCAAGUAUUUACUUCAAGAUCAAUGGUUAGAUGACGAUGGUAACACAGAAAAUCAAGAUAUACUAAUAGGUAUUCCUAAGGCCAGUUACCUGUUUCUCUAUGAGAACGGAUCUCACCCGAACAUUUUAUCAAAAUGUCUUGGUUGGCUUCCCAAUUGUAUGGUGGUUGAGGUUUGUAGGCCUGAUAAUCUGGUUGACGAGGAAGCUCUCCUUCAAUUAAUCAAUUCAAAGACAAACAUCAAAGGCUUUUUCUGGUAUCCUAAUCACAAUAGACGUCAAGGGGCAGCUCAUGCACCACUCAAACUUGAAAAUGUUGAAAUGGCGGCCAUUUGCUCAGGAGAGCCUUUUGCCCUCACUCAUACAACUCUUUACUAUUGUUGCCGUCAAACGCUCACUCAAUUGUACAUUUCUAAUGAGAAUUUAUCACCAGCGGCGAUAUUGCCCAAAUUUUGUAACCUUCGUCGUCUUCACAUGCUUUAUCAUGACCAAGAGUAUAUUCUCCCUCGAUUACUUACCUACAAUGGACCUGUUUUAGAGAAUCUUGAGAUUUUGGAAUUGUCGCUCGCAGUUGAAUCCAUGUUCGAUCAUGUUACUCACCUUCUUUUAUUCUGUCCCAAUUUGAAGAGUCUUUUUCUUCGAAUAGAAAGUGGUCAUCAUAAUUUUGAUAAUUCGACAAGUAAUAGAAGAUUUUUUGAGAACGUUGAAAAUCUUGUCAUAGAAAUAGGAAAAUCAUGGGUUUCACAUUGUAAAUCGGAUGAUUGGGUUUGUUUUAUGGAAAUUGUUCGAUUAUUUCCAAAUCUAGAAAAUUUAGGUCUACGAAAUGUUCAAAAUCUUUCAGAAGUUCUUAUUCUCUCAGCUCUGCAAUGGUCAUUUAAAUUGAAAUUGUUGGACAUCAAAACACAAGAUGAGAUCACAACAAACAAGACAACCCAAUUAGAUACAAUGUCCAACCUCAACGCAGAAAGUUUAGCCUCUUGUCUUUUUUUCCGAAAUCGACUUAAAAUCGAUUGCUCAGUUACUAAAUACACCAACGACUACGAAAGUGAAACUGUACAAUCGGGAACUUGGCAUGUGAAGGAAGGUUUCAAUUUCAUGGCUCACAUUUUUCCGCGAGACUUCGCCUACAGCCCAGUGUUUCUCAUCGACAUGGACCCACAAAACGAUUAAAAUUUAUCGCAGAAACAAUUAAUCAACAAAACCGGAAUCGUUUAAAUUACAUAUUUUAUCAGAAAAAAAACAUCGAUUACUUUUUAAUUGUCAAUUAUCAUAUGAAAGUAAUUACCUUUGUAUCUUUGUAAAACAUUUCUAAGUGUAACAAUCAAAUUGCCAAUAAUUUAUAUUGUCUUUUUGGCAAUUCUCCAAGACUUAUUGAGAGUCGAAAUAUUAAUUCUGUCAAUUAAUCAAACAUAUAAAGUUAAUUGAAUCUAAUUGUGAUUUAAAAAGCCUUAGAUCAAUAAUCUCAAUCGAUUGAGAUUAUCUCAAGUUGAUUACAUAAUAGAAUUAAUCGAAUAAUUAACUAAAUAAUCUGAUCUAAUCACCCACCUAAUCAGAUCAACAAUUACCUAACAAUCAGAACGAACCAUUUUCUCUUUUCGUUUUCAUCUGAAUACAUUAAUCAACCACUAAUUACGAACAAUUAACUUGUUUCCUUCGGUAAAUAAUCUAAUUAGUUUUUUUUUACUCUAAAUAGAAUUGAAAAUGAUUGAUUAAAUGAGGAUGACAAUUAAAUCUAAUUUUUAUAUUGUCUAUUAAUCUUUAUAUUGAAACAACUGCACUUCCAUUGACAAUCAAAUACUGUUUACUAUUUGAUUAAAUUUCAAUAAAGUAAUUAAUAUGAUGAUGGUUGUAUAGUUUUCGCAAUUAAUUAAUUUUCCAAGGACGGAAGAGUUAAUUUUCCAAAUUAACUUUUUCUUUUUCCAUAUGAGUAUAAAAACUUUUCAAUCAAACAAAUUGAUUGUUAUUACUCUUUAGACAGUCUAUGUGAUUGUUAGUUAAUCAUCUGUUGAUUGUGAUUCGUUUAAUUGUUAAUUUUCUCCAACAAAAUGAUUAAAUUAACAAUUUUCGCUCUUGUAACUUUGUGUCUCGCAUUCGCCAAUGGAGAUGGUCAAGAGGAAAUGGAAAAUGACUCAACCAAAUGUGGACAAUUGAGAAAGAAUAUCAUAAUCAAAAUCGUAGAUGUCCAAGCCGAUGGACAUCAAGCGUCUUGUGCCUUUAAAAGAACAACUGAAAUCGUAUCAGAAACUUUCAAAGAAGCUGAUUCAGAGAUGAAUUGUGCUGAUGCCUGUAAGAAAUUGAAAGAAUUGAUGAAAGAGGAAGAUGAACAGAUAAUCGCAAUGUUCAACGAAGUGAAAGAGAAAUUACCUGUAAAAUCUUGGCUCGAAAAGCUCGGUCAACAUUUCGAAGGAAAGAAAAACAAAAAUGACGAAAGAACGAAAAUGAUCGACGAAGAAGGUAAAAAGUGUCACGAUUGCACCAUGAAGAAUAUACAAGUAAUCGAAAAGAAGUGCGAAGAAAUGAACGCCGAAGAUCUGGUCAAUUCUGUUAAAUCUUCUUGUGGUAUCUAAUCGACUGACCCAAAUUCCCGCUCAUCGAAAUUGUAACUCCCUUUGAUUCCAUGUUAACAAAUCAUCAAUUUCAUUUGUUUCAAUUGUUACAUGAGAUUUGAUAAAUUCUAGUGAUCUGAUUAAAAGAUUCAUCACUAUUUUA